UCCCGGAAGCGGCGGUGGCUGAAGUUGCAAGUCCCGGCUUUGGCCCGAGCGAGCGAGCGAGCGAGCGCGGCGCGGGGGCGGGGGUCGAGCUCCGGCUGCGGAAGAGAAUGAGGCGCGGGGGCCCCGCCGAGCCCGAUUUCAGCCCGGGAGCGGUCCCGGCAGCGCGGCGCGUCUGAGCAAGUGUACUUUUCUCAUUGGAACAUGAACUUGCUUUGGCAUCCUGAACCUGUAUUGUUUCCACUGAUCACAAGGAGGAUACAUAUGGACUAAAAGAUCGCUCACUACUGCAAUGGAAAAGUCAUGGAUGCUUUGGUCCUUUGUUGAAAGGUGGCUACUGGCUUUGGCAUCAUGGUCUUGGGGUCUCUGCCGUAUUUCUCUUUUACCUUUGAUAGUAACUUUUCAUUUAUAUGGCGGCAUUACUUUACUUAUGUUAAUAUUUGUAUCGAUAGCAGGUAUACUAUAUAAAUUCCAGGAUGUACUGCUUUACUUCCCAGAACAGCCCUCUUCUUCACGCCUUUUUGUUCCUAUGCCUACCGGUAUACCACAUGAAAACAUCUUCAUCAAAACCAAAGAUGGAGUUCUUCUCAAUCUUAUUCUGUUGAGAUACACUGGGGACAAUGCAGUGUAUUCUCCUACUAUCAUUUAUUUUCAUGGAAAUGCAGGCAACAUUGGUCACAGGUUACCAAAUGCUUUGCUGAUGCUGGUAAACCUGAAAGUAAACCUGCUGCUGGUUGAUUAUAGAGGUUAUGGAAAAAGCGAAGGAGAAGCAAGUGAAGAAGGUCUAUACUUAGAUUCUGAGGCUGUGCUAGACUACAUGAUGACUAGGUCUGACCUUGAUAAAACAAAAAUCUUUCUCUUUGGCCGUUCCUUGGGGGGAGCAGUGGCUGUUCAUUUAGCUUCUGAAAAUUCCCAUAGGAUUUCUGCCAUAAUGGUGGAGAACACAUUUCUUAGCAUUCCACAUAUGGCCAGCACUUUGUUUUCUUUCUUCCCAAUGAGAUAUCUUCCUUUGUGGUGCUACAAAAAUCAAUACCUGUCCUACAGAAAAAUCUCUCAGUGCAGAAUGCCUUCUCUCUUCAUCUCUGGGCUAUCUGACCAGUUAAUUCCGUCAGUUAUGAUGAAGCAGCUUUAUGAAUUAUCCCCAUCUCGGACAAAGAGAUUGGCCAUAUUUCCAGAGGGAACUCAUAAUGACACUUGGCAGUGUCAAGGUUAUUUCACUGCACUUGAACAGUUCAUCAAAGAAGUAAUAAAGAGUCACUCCCCUGAAGAAAUGGCAAAAACAUCAUCUAACGUAACAAUAAUAUAAUUGAUAUUCCCUUUUUUUCUGAUAAAACUGCACUGUACCUUGAUUUGUGAAAUUGUAAAAGAAUGUCAAUUUUUAAAUGUAUAUUAUGACUGUACUUGCCUAAAGAGUGAAAUUAAACUUGGAAAGGUCUAAUACUUUAUUAUGAUGAUCCAGAUAGUGUUUACAUUUGCAACAUUGUAAAUGAAAGAACAGUUCUACAGGUCUUUCCGAUACACUUUUUUGGAUAUGUUUAUUCUUCCACUUGUUCGAUAUAUACAAUGAAGGCUAUUAAAAACUUCUCGUGACUACAUUAUUACAAUUUACAUUAGUUUUAGAUGACAGAAGGCUCUUCAGUAUUCUCUGCUGUAUGUAUCAGCUAUUUGGCCAAUCAUGAUUAGCAAAAUAUGUUCCAUAACAAUAUUUCUCUUCUAGGAUUUAGUUUAAGUAUACCAUGCAUGAUAGUGUUUUUUUAUUCCUUGAAUUUCUGUGUUAUGCAAGAUAUGCUAAGUAAUGUAAAUAGCAUUAAUGGCAGUGUAUACCUAUGGGUAUACGAUCCUGAUUAUUUUUAUGGUUAUAUAUGCUAUAUUACAAAUUGAAGGUUAAGAGGAAAACCCAAUUUUCUAUAUUAAUUUCAUUAUUUAUACUGUAGUAGUGCUCUCAAAUUUGAGUGUCCAUGCCUAAAGGCCAAGAGAUGUUCUUCCUUGUACAGCCUGCUAUUUGAGAAGAGAAUCAACCUAUGAAGAGAGGGGAAAAAAUGUACCAUCCAAAUAUAACUCUUUCAAAACUAUUAUUGUUUGUCCACAGCUCUUCAACUUAGCCUUUAUUAGUUGUCAUUUCUUGUUGGCAUCACAAUAGAAUAAUCAGUUUAGGUAGGGUGUCCCAUGUUGUGGAUCAGAAUAGCAGAAAGAGCAACGCUAUUUGUUGAAGAGGUGGCAGGUGGGGUGCUACAUUUAAACUUGCAUUUGAUUUUAAAUUUGAUGAAAUUAAACAGGCUUGUACUCCCUCUGCAUACACUUCUAAAAACCAGUAGUCUGUUUAAACAUUAGAGUUUGAAUUGUACGGUUUCUAUGAUAGGGAUAAGAAAGCCACAUAAACAUUUAGACUCAGCAGAUUUAGGAUUUGUUACGUUCUAGAGAAUAUAGAUCAUUUUAUUUUAACUCCUUUAGCCUUUGCAGAUUUUUUUAUUUAAAUUUUAUUGUAUAAUGUGCAGAAUGUCUGUAAGUACCAUCAACAAAAAUGUGAAUUUCUUCCAGUCACAUUAAGAGUUAAUGGUGACCACUUUAGUGUCAACAGUGUUGAAUAAUAAGAUAAGAGCCUGAUUGUGACUGUCCUUCUAGAAUGAGGAUCCUUGCUUGAACAACUAUACCAAAGCUGUCCGUCAUCAGCACAGUUAACAUGACAAGGUGUAUUAUAUAUUUGUACUAGGUUUAAUUACUCAUUUGUUGCCGAUGAUGUGCAGUUUGCCUAUUCAACAAAUAGCUUUUUUUUUUUUAUCAGACUAAGGAUAUCUGUGAAAAAAAAAGGUUUUCCAUACAAAAAUCUGUACCAUUGCUGUUUCAGGCUGAAUUCUGUUCAGCCUUUCUGCUAUUACUCUUAAGCCCUAAUUCAGGAAAGCACUUCAGCACAUGCUUAAAUCCAUUCCUGUUUCGGAGUGGCACUUAAGCACGUGCUCAGGGUCCGUUGGCUUCAGUGAACAAAGCUGCAUUCCUGAACUGGUGCCUCAAUGACUACUUUAUUAUAUGGGAGUACAGGUAUUGCACAUGGAUAUGUAGUUAUCAACAAAUUAAAUAUGGACAUGGGGGUGAAAUAUCUCAACUAGAGAAAAUAGUUUUCAACAAUGGUUAUUCUUUUUUCUUAAUAAAAACAUCCUAUAUUGCUGCCAUCUCGGUGAUAAGUAUUUUUUUUUUUAAUACUGCAGCCAUGAGUCCUUUAAAAUGACUGCAGUCAACAUUAGAACUGCCUAGUGUGUUAAACUCUCCUUAGUUAUAGUUUGUCUGACUUCCUUGUCUCUUCUAAUUAUUUCAGAGUUGUGCGGUAUGUUUCUUUUCCUGUGUGAUGUAGAAGUGGCAACCUUCUUAAUGGCUAAAAGGAUUUAAUGGAUCAUAAUGUUCAUUUACUUGGUAAUUCCUAUCAGAUCAUGUACAUUUUUCACAAAUUUUGCUCUUGUGUAGUACUAUUUCAGCUACAUCACAGAUUUGGAACUGACUAAAUUCCUACAGAAAAUAGAAUAAAUAAAUUAUAUCUGAGUAAGUGGGACAAAUAUUGCUGUUCUGAAAGAAAAAGCUUUUAAUAGUAGCAGCCACUCAUGCAGAUUAUUUGUUGACGGUUGUAAAUUCAGCUCAGUAAAUGACAACUUUUGAAGCAGCUAUGUCUUGCAAUUAUUAAAUUAUGCUCAAUAUAAAAUGGAUUUCCAAAGCAAAAGCUGAAUAUAAAUGUGUAUUUUUAGUGUAAACUCUAACGCCAUAAAGGGCUCUUUAUGCACUUGUAUCAUCUGAGUAGGCAAUGUUGAAUUGUGGCCCAUAGUUGCAAAAGCAACUGGUCAGGGGAGGAAAGGGGGAGGAAAUCAUGACAAACUAGAACUGUUUAGCAAUGCACUCUUGAUCACCAAACCAUGUUUUCACCAUAGUGACUGUGGGAUUUCAAGUAAUAUAUCUGAAAACCUGCACAGUGUGAUGAAUAUUUAUCCCAGGGAUGAGGUGUCUAUAUCCAUAGGAUUUAUUAAACUGAAUACUGACCCCUCAACCACAUAUGCAUGUUCAAACUCCUUUUCUGUGCUGUAUAGGGAUAGGGUCAUGUUAAGCAGUGUGAAUGAGAAACUGAAUCUCUAACAGGAGUUUACCCUUUUGCUUUGAAAUCCCUCUGGGGCAGGUGAGGAGGGAAAACUUGAACCAAUUUUGUUAAGUUCUGUUUUCUGUAAAUGCUACACUGCUGUCAGUGGGAUUAUUUAUUGGUAACAACAGUAGAGAAUGAUCCCCCUCCCCCCCCCCGUGAGGGAAUCCUUCCCAGUUGGAACACCUGACAAGUCAAGAUUUUUGUCUACAGCAAUGCACUCAUUCUGGCUCCAAAUUGUAAAGUGACAAAUCGGUGUUUUGCUGUUGAGUUUUUGGUUUGAGAAGCAGCUGUUGUGGUUGGGUAUUGAGAAGAAUCUCUGCCAUUUGGUUAAAGUAUGACUGCUGUUACAUCAUUUGUGUUU